AUGAAGUCUUUUAUUGAAAUUCCAGAAAAUUCACAUUUUCCAAUUCAGAAUUUACCAUUUGGUAUAUUUUCAACUAAAGAUAAUCAAACACCAAGAGUCGGUGUAGCAAUUGGGGAUCAGAUUUUAGAUUUAACAACAAUUACUCAACAAUUUAAGGAAUUUCUUCCCGAAUUAAUUAAUCCUGAACAUGUUUUUUCUCAGGGAUCGUUAAAUACAUUUAUGUCAUUAGGAAAGCCAAUAUGGAGAGCUACUAGAAGCUUUUUACAAAAGAUUUUGUCCUUUGAUGAUGAUGAUCCAGAUCAAGCAUUACAGCGUUAUAUGAAAAAGAAUUCAUUGAUUCCGCAAAAGGAUGCAAAAAUGCAUUUACCAGCUGAAAUUGGUGAUUAUACAGAUUUCUAUUCAUCAAAAGAACAUGCAAUUAACGUUGGGUCUAUGUUUCGAGGAAAAGAUAAAGCAUUGAUGCCAAACUGGAUUCAUUUACCUGUUGGUUAUCACGGUAGAUCAUCUUCAGUUGUUGUUACUGGAACGGAUAUAAUUCGUCCUUGUGGUCAAAGUUUACCACACAAAGAUCAACCACCUGUAUUCGGACCUUCAAGAAAAUUAGAUUUCGAGUUAGAAUUGGCAUUUGUUGUUGGCGUUGGAAAUAAACUUGGUAAACCAAUCUCUAUUGAAAACGCAAACGACCAUAUUUUUGGUGUUGUUUUAAUGAAUGAUUGGAGUGCUUGGGAAUAUGUUCCAUUAGGCAAAAAUUUCGGAACAACGAUUUCUCCUUGGAUAGUUACACUUGAUGCUUUAGAGCCAUUUUUAGUAAAUGGUCCUGAUCAAAUUCCCAAACCACUUCCUUAUCUUCAAGAUCAAGGACCAUCAGCGUAUGAUAUCAAUUUGCAAGUCAAAAUGAAACCUAAUAAUAGCAAAAAUUAUAAAACUAUUACAAAUUCAAAUUCAAAAUAUAUUUAUUGGUCAUUUAAACAACAACUUGUUCAUCAUACAGUAAAUGGCUGUAAUAUGCAUACAGGUGAUUUAUGUGGAACAGGAACAAUUAUCUAG